UUAGAGUGAGUGAUUGAAUGACAACAACAUUCAGUCAUUCAUUGCAUGUUUAGUUGAAUACAAGACUCGACACAAAGCGAGACAAAGAUUGACAGCCACUCGACUCACGACAUGUCGGACAGCGAAGAGUCCAACAGAGACUCAGACAAUGAGGCCGAAGAGGUGGACAGAGAAGAGCCAGAAGUGGCCGACGAAGAGGAGCCGGAAGGCGAGGACUUGGAUGCGGAGGAAGACACAGAUGAGGUGCGC